UCAAAAUCGAAAAGUGGCGCUCAAAAUCAGUCGAUUUUGUUUAUAGUAUUCUCACGAAUUUGCAAAAUUUCAUGUUUAUUCGCGUUAAUCAGCAGUGAAAAAUAAUAUAAUUAGAACUCAACCCUGUUCGUAUUGAAACUAAUAACGCUACAAUGGAGUUUUUUGAACCUCGCUCGAUCGUAAACGGUGCCCUGCUCAAGCGUCAUUCCGGUCAUCAAGUAAGCAUCCAUUUGUUCGUCGAACAGGGGGACAAGGAUAGCCGCAGCUUCACCGGCAAGUCUACCGAUGGAGUGCAGAUACAGGUCACGUUCAACGAACCGCUAAGUGCGAAGCUGCAGGGCUGCUGGGUGGAAGUAAUUGGAAUGGCCGGAUCUAACGAUAGUGUUCGGUGCCGUGAGAUAAUCACAUACAAAAAGAAAGAAGGUGAGGAGGACUUUGACGUCGAUGGGCAUAACAUGUUGUGUAAUUUCAUGGCAAACUGUCGCGAUAUCUAUCGAAUGGGAUAAAUUGGAUCACAAAGAAGCUCCGUAAGUUAAUUUAUACACUUUUUAUUCGUUCAAAUAUAUGUUGGUUUAAGGAAAUCGAUUCACACAUAGAAA